CCCAACCCACGUAACCCCCCUCUCUCAAUCUCAUUUCCUUUCCUGCAGGUCUGGUCGUAUAGGUCUGGUCUUAAGCAUUACAAUGUCUGCCCGGCUAAUGCGCCUUGUGCCCCUUGCCGGGCUCCUCGUGGGCCUUCUCCUCACCCUCUUCUAUCUCUACAGGGGGGUUUCAUCUUCAUUAGAGACGGACUCUGACCACCACAUCCAGCCCAAUGCUGACCUCUUGAACAUACACCAUGAGGUCUUCUCGGCGUCUACCCCUGACAAGAGAUACUUUCACAUCGAUUUCGGGUCACAUCAAGGCUUCAAUCCCAGCAUCAUCCCGCAUCCUGUGUUGGAGGACAGAUGGUUCAUCACGGCGCAACUCACCCGCAAUCGCUCCGAGACGGAGCCACUCUCUGUUUGGAGCGCAGAGCUGGUGUGCACAGCCAGUUUUCAGGACCAUGGUCGCACCCUCCGCUGCGUUGACCAGGCGCUCAUCCUGCCCGUCGCUGCGACGACCAGUGACCAAACGCGCUGCCAUGGCGAACUGGAAAUCAUGUCCAUAAGCCUGGGCCCGCACGAUGCGCGCAUCUUCUACGGGCCCGACCGACCAUACGCGGUGUAUGGCUCGAACUCGCAGCACACCUGCUUUGGCCAGUGGGCGAUCGAUUUCCGGGUGCUAGUCGACUGGCCAGGCGAGGAGAUCAUGCAGACGCCAGCGUACCGGCAGCCGGUCGAGCUGCAGCGUCCGCUGCUGCCAGGCUAUUCCCUCAUUGAGAAGAACUGGUUUCUGUUCUGGGACGUGCAGGGGUCGGCGUACGUGCAUUACGAUGUUGCGCCCGCGCGCGCCUUCUCCCGACUGCUGAGCAUCGCCGAUGGCUCGGUCGGACCUGAUCUGGCGUCCGCUGCUGCGCCGGUCGACGAGCCCUGUCUGCGGCGGUAUUUACCGGUGCUGGCAGAUCCCAGACACGAGUCCGUCCACCAAGCCACCAAUUCGCUGGCGAUCACGCUGUGCGACCGGGCGGAUCCCAACUGUCAGCCCAGUGAGGACAACACUUUUGUCUUCACGAUCUUCCAACAUAAGAAGUAUGUUGCCUUUCACAGUGUCUAUGAGCCGUACGUUAUGCUCUUCCGCCAGCGCGAGCCGUUCGAGGUGUUUGGUGUCUCCACUAAACCGGUCUGGAUCCAUGGACGCGGUGCAUCGAGCGUCGAGGAGGAUCAGUCGGAAAUGCUGUAUGUGACCUCGAUUAGCUGGAAGCAGGCAGGCCAGAGGUAUCACGGGCAUAUAGAUGAUGUGAUGUUUUUGGCGUUCGGGCGGGAGGAUUCGCAGCCCGGGGGAAUCGAUGUCGUUGCGAGGGACUUGCUGGAUGGAUUGGGUUACUGCUUUGGAUGACCAUAGUCGCUCGGAAUGUACUGU